UUGGCCACAAUGCAAUCCCAUCCACACAUCACAUUGACAAGUUCACCCUUGGAAUUGUAAUAAGACCCCAUUAGUUAUUCUCUCUUGGUUUCAAAACAGGAGCAGCUACUCCAUAGCUUCAUAGUGCACAGCUUCAUUCUCUCCUCCUAAGGUGGACAUACACAUGGAAGAUGGCCCAAUCUCAACGACACGACAUGAGCCGUCGACAAUGCAGCAUGGUCAUGGGAUCAUGGACUGCGAUGGUGAUGAUCGUCUGCAUGAUUUGGUUUCCUUUGACGUUUCCAGUUCUUCAAUUGAUGCAAGUUCUUCCACUUCAUAUGAAUCGCCGUCAUCGCCGCCGCUGUCAACGCUGCCGCCAUUACCAUCACAACUAACUUCAAAUGGACCAUUGUAUGAAUUGUCUGCAUUGAUGGCCCACCUCCCUAUUAAAUUGGGGUGUUGCAGGAGAGGGCUUUCCAAACACUUCCAAGGAAAAUCACGGUCCUUCAAAUCUCUAUCCAAUGUGAGAAGCAUAGAGGAUCUUGCUAAGAGAGAGAUUCCAUCAAGAAGGAAGAUGAAGUCAUCUAAGAGCAACGGAGGUGGGCUAGAUUGCCAGAAGUCAUAUACACAGAGAUGUUGUGUAAGGACGAUAUCAAAGAAGGCUUCAAGAGGACCGUACUCUUCUUUUUUAGGUAAAAGCAGCAGCUUUGUAAGUGAGAGGACUCUCAUUCCUGUAGAAAAGAACUUGUAAUUGGUAGCUAUAAAGCUUUUGAUUGCACUACAGCAGUUUGUUUGAAAAGGGAGAAUAUAUAUGAGAUUGUGUUCUUUA